AUGACUGACACAGGAGCAGCCGCAGCGAAGCCGGUAGACGAGGGAAAGGAGCAAGCGGUCGUGACGAGGGUUGGGAGGCGCUCCGACUUUGGUUGGGAGGACCGUGGAUGGAAGUUCACCUUGGAGGAGCUGGAAAAUCCCCCCUCCCUCAAGAAGAGCAGCAGGAUGGGUUGCGGCCAAGCCGACCAGCUCUGGCGGGCGCAACAACUCCGUUACGACAAAGAGCACCGCUCGCAGGCGCACAAGCUCAUGUUGGAGAUCUGCAAGCGGCUGACAACGAAGGCCGUGGUGAUAGCUGGGGCGAUGACGAUCUACCAGCGCUUCCUCGCCCUAGUAUCCUUCACGGAGAUCGACUUACACGGAGAAUGA